AUCGAUUUUCGUUAAAGACGAUAAUUUUAAUAAAUUUUAGUGUUUACACAUCACUGGGGUAUGAUAUGGAAAUUGUGAUUUCAUUUGUUUAUUAUAGCUUUUGAAAUGAUACAAGCAUCGAAAUUCUUUUCCGGCGAUGGAACAAUUACUGCAGUUUCAAACACAUUGAAAGCGGUGAAUAAAGAGUAUACUUCAUUGGCAGUAAGGGGACAGGAUGUAGCUGUCGUAGCAACAUACAAAAUCAUUCCCAAUCAACUAAUAAACCAACACAGUGUUAAACAUUUAUUUCACAUAACUCCAAGGAUUGGCUGCGUUGCGAUUGGUUCCAUGCCCGAUUGCCGAUCCAUUGUGCAAAGAGCACGCGUAGAGGCUAUUCGAUUUGAACAACGUUACGGUUAUAGUAUUCCAGCGAGUGCGUUGAGUAAACGAAUUGCUGGUAUACUGCAAGUGUGUACACAAGCUAUGGAGCUGCGAAUGCAAGCAUGUGCAUUAAUACUUGUCGCUUAUGAUGAUGAGAAAAAGCAGCCGGUUGUAUUCGAAAUUACGCCAAAUGGUGAGCACAGUAGUUGUUGGGCUACAUCAUUUGGGAAACAUAAAGCCGAAGCAGAUAAGCAGCUGACAGCUUCUUUAUUUCCUGCUGGGGCAAAGAGUGUGCAAAAUUUUUUCAAUACUGAAGAAACAGUAAAAAUCGCCAUUAAUUGCCUAAAAAAGAUAGCAGGUACAGAAUUUAACAGUCGAUAUGUCGAAAUUGGCGUAAUUGGCAAUGAUAAGAAUUUUGAAACUUUCAAAAUAUUAAGUGCGGAGGAUAUUAAAGUAUAUGUAUCAGAAGAUGUAACUCCAAUGGAUACUACCAAGGAUUAGAAUAACACAGUUUUCUUGUUUGUAUAUGCUAUGUUAAAAACUGUUCGAUAAUUUUAAUAAUAAUUUUAUACUUAUGCGUAUGUAUGUAUUGUAUUGUAUUUUUAAAUUUAGGAAAAUAAACUAAAAACAAAUACAUUUGAAUAUUUGUACGUAGGAAAUUCAACAA